ACACUGUGUUGGAGCGACUCACGUUUUUCACUUUGCUAUUACCUCUCGAACGUUCCAUCGAAAGUAGGCUUAGCUAGCAGUUUAACUACUAACAAUAAUACUAAGACCUGAAGCUGCUAAAAUGUCGAUUCAGACACUGAACCCAAAGGCUGAAGUAGCUAGAGCAGCACAAGCUCUUGCAGUAAAUAUGAGUGCUGCAAGAGGACUCCAAGAUGUAUUGAAGACAAAUCUUGGUCCAAAGGGAACCAUUAAAAUGUUGGUUUCUGGUAGUGGUGACAUUAAGCUGACUAAGGAUGGUAAUGUUCUUCUUCACGAGAUGCAAAUUCAACAUCCUACAGCAUCACUGAUUGCAAAAGUAGCAACUGCUCAGGACGAUAUCACAGGCGAUGGCACCACAUCAAAUGUACUCAUUAUAGGGGAACUAUUAAAGCAAGCAGAUUUGUACAUUUCAGAGGGUUUGCAUCCUCGCCUUAUCACAGAAGGCUUUGAUUUUGCCAAAGCAAAAGCUCUUGAAGUCCUUGAAAAGGUAAAAGUUACACGUGAUAUUGAUAGAGAGACCUUAAUCAAUUUGGCAAAGACGUCACUCAGAACCAAAGUACAUGCUGAACUUGCAGAUAUUCUCACAGAGGUUGUUGUAGAUGCAGUGUUAGCUAUCAGAAAGGAAGGUGAGCCUAUAGAUCUUCACAUGGUUGAAAUAAUGGAGAUGCAGCACAAGGCAGACACAGACACAACUCUAGUGCGAGGGCUAGUAAUGGAUCAUGGCGCCCGUCAUCCAGACAUGAAGAAACGUGUAACUGAUGCUUAUAUAUUUACUUGUAAUAUAUCAAUGGAGUAUGAAAAAAGUGAAGUCAAUGCUGGAUUUUUCUACAAGUCUGCAGAAGAGAGAGAAAAGCUGGUACAAGCUGAACGAAGUUACACUGAUCAGAAAGUGCAAAAGGUGAUCGAGUUCAAGCGAUCUGUUUGUGAAGGGACUGAGAAAUCAUUUGUAAUCAUCAACCAAAAGGGCAUUGACCCACUGUCAUUAGAUAUGCUUGCCAAGGAGGGAAUUGUAGCUCUGAGAAGGGCCAAGAGAAGAAACAUGGAAAGAUUGACUUUAGCUUGUGGAGGCACUGCUACAAACUCUGUGGAAGGGCUUACUAAGGAUUGUCUGGGCCAUGCUGGACUAGUAUAUGAACAUGUACUUGGUGAGGAUAAGUACACAUUUGUUGAAGAGUGUGCAAAUCCUCAAUCUGUUACAAUUUUGAUUAAAGGUCCAAAUAAGCACACGCUAACUCAGGUGAAGGAUGCAAUUCAUGAUGGUUUGAGAGCUGUAAAGAAUGCCAUCGAGGAUGGGUCAGUUGUCCCUGGAGCUGGAGCAUUUGAAAUCGUUGUUCAUGAUGCUCUUGUGAAGUACAAGGAUUCUGUGAAAGGCCGUGCUAAGUUAGGAGUUCAAGCCUAUGCAGAUGCACUGCUUGUUGUACCCAAGGUCUUGGCUCAAAACUCUGGGUUUGACCCCCAAGAAACAAUGGUGAAACUACAGGAAGAGUAUGCUGAAGCUGGACAACCUGUAGGGGUUGAUAUUAGUUCAGGUGAAGCCCUGGUAGCUGCAGAUGCUGGUAUAUGGGAUAACUAUUGUGUCAAGAAACAAAUUUUGCAUUCCUGUACUGUGAUUGCCAGUAAUCUUCUCUUAGUAGAUGAAAUAAUGCGAGCUGGUCUGUCUUCGCUGAAAGGAUAAACUUUAAGCAUGUUGACUUGAUGUUCAACAGCAAUUGCUGGAAGCGUGUUAUUUGUAUUGAGUGUAUUAAGCUUGGCAAUGGUUAGCUAUUUGAAUUUAGCCUCUGAAAGAUAUUACAGUAUCUAUUGCGAGACAAUCGGAGCAAAAAUUAGAUUUUAUCAAAUCUAACAAACUAAAAAUGCAGAAACUGUCAUGUAGUCUCCAUUGACUUACCAUGAAGACAUGAACAAGUAGUUACACAAGCAAAUAUCUAAAUCGUUUGGCUCAUUCUAAAAUAAUUUAAAUAAAAAUGUAUUCAAAACAUUUUUGAAGAUCCAGAUAUUUUCCUCUUAAGCUCUGGUCCUCACUAUCACAUUUUAUGUGACAAACUUUGUGAUGUGCCCAUAUAUGGGCAUAUCACAUUUUAUGUGACAACCUUUGUGAUGAUGGGCAUAUCACAUUUUAUGUGACAAACUUUGUGAUGUGCCCAUAUAUGGGCAUGUUACAUUUUCUUGUCACAUAAAAUUUGAUAGUGUUACACUAAUAUUUAGAUCAGUUCACACUAUCAAAUUGUGACAAAUACCUGUGAUUUUGCCAUGGUUGUGGUAUGACAUCACCAUUUCCAUAUAUAGGAAAGUCGCAGAUGUCUGUCACAGAAAUCUUGAUAGUUUAGACUGAGCAUUAGAAGCUCCAAUAUUAUUCUGAAAUAAUUUUCAAUUUUAUUGAACUGAGUAUUAUAGAUUUCUUGUAUUGUUUCUUCACAUUCUGAAAGGCUUGGUUAUGCAUUCACCUCAAAUCGGAACCAUAAUUUCAGACUGCCUUUCCAGUGUGCUGAGCACCAGCAUUCCCAUUCUUACAUACUGAUCCAGUUUUUUUUUUUAUCAUUUUCCGAUCCGAAAAAUUGAAUUUGGUGUGAAUGCACCAUGAUGCAUAUAUAGCUUUGUUAUCUAAUGUAUGAUAAGAUAUUUUCAUUAUCAUACAUUAGAUAACAAGUUACAAAUGUAUGUAUGAUAAUAUUGUAUUCUCAACAUUAUUCAAUGAAAGCACACAAUUAGACUAGCAAUUCUUAGCAGUAAGUAAAGAAUAAUGUAUCAUUAAAAAAGAGAAUUCAUAUAACAUACCUUAUAUGGGAGCUCCACAGGUACCAAAAAUGAAUAUUUAUUUUCUGUGCUAGCAUGGAAUUAAGACAUCAAGUUAAUUUUGUGUUAGCAUCAUUUGUAAAAACCAAACUUAAAACUGAAAUAAAAAAGUAAAAUUAAUAAGACAAUAUCCAACACAAUCUUUUAUUAUUCUGCUGCUAAGCGAGAAUGCUAAUUAGUGGAAAAUGACAUCACUUUGUUUCAUACAAACAUGGAAUUAUUAAUAGGUCCAUGAUAGCAACAUAGGAGGCUACAUAGCCUUAAAUGAGGCAUCAUCUGAAUAAGAAUCUAAUACAUUGUUAGGAGACUCCUUAUAAUUUCAAAGACCUCCGUAAGUGUGUAUGAAGAUCUGUCCACACUAUCAAAUUUUAUGUGACAAAUUUGUGUGCUGUGCCCAUAUAUGGGCAUGAUGAUGUCAUAUUACACCCAAAUAUGGGAAAUAUUUGUCAAGUGUGGUAGUGUGGACAGAGCUUAAAGCGUCAUUGUAAUCCUUCUGUUGCAGAGUUUUUCAGUUCAGGCACUAUUGGGCCUAAAAAAAAAAUUGUUUGUUUGCCCUCCAGCUCCCGCCCCAGCUCACGGAAAAAUAAAGGCGGUGUGUCUUUAAAAAAAAAAAAUUUGUUUUCGAUGUUUUGUUAAAUUUUAAAAAAUGAUCCAUUUUGCAAUGAAAGUUGUCUAAAUUUGGUGUUUGAUAUAAGGUGUCACCAUUCUAGGCCUAAAUCCAUUACCCCUCCUAUACAAUUUUCAGCAUUAAAGGGCAAUCAAACAAUAUAAUUUUUUAGGCCUAGUAUGGUUUGAGUAGUUGUGAAAGUGUGCAUAAUAAAUCUUUAUAGGUUUACUCUUUACCAAUUAGUGUUGUAAGAGUGUUAAGUUAGCAAUGGAUUCUUUUUGUAUUAUUGUACAAAUAAAUUGGCUUCAAGUGCA